AUGGAGGGACCGACAAAAUCGACGGCUUCGGCCAUGCCGGUUCAUCCAACUGUCACAAAUGCAUUCAAACCUGCUGCCGACAGCUUCAGAUAUUUCUCUCCUAAUUCCAGUCCCGACAGUGUAAAGAAUGGUGGCAGGUCGAGAUCUUCAUCGACGUCGCCAAGCGCAAAGAAAGUCUCUGCUCUCCAGGAAAUCUCAGCCAAUAUUAAAGAUGUCCGACCGCCUCAACAGCAAAACUUCAAAUUUAAGCCUCCGACUACUUCUAACCCCUCGCCUUCUAAGAGUGCUUCACUACAGGAUAAGAUGCCUCCUCCACCCAAAGGUUCAUUAAAGAAUAAUGUCAACCUGCCACCGCCUGCUCGACCUAACUUUACAUCCAUCUCCCCGACAAAGAGACCUCCUUUGUCAGUCUUCAGUACCUCUUCGCACACUAGAAAAUCAUCAUUGGGGCCAUUGACCCCGGUUUCGGCGUCGGUGAACAAAGAAAACCUGUUGCCCGACGAGCAGUUACUUCAUGAUGCAUUGAUUAAGGAUCUUACUGGUCUCAGCCCAGAAAAGCCCACCAAGGCUUCUGCCCCCCUCCCACCCCCCGCUGUGACUGUAACAAAACCCGUCGAGAAGAAAGUCAAGGAGACAAAGUCUAGAGCCGCACCCCCGACUUUCAGUGUUGGCCGUGCUCCUCCUGAUACUAGUAAUCUUCCUGACCCAUCCGAACUUCCAAUCCCUGAAGACGAUGGGACAAAGCCACAUUAUAGCUAUGCCAAUCUCAUCGGUAUGGCUUUGAUUCGGGCCCCCGGCAGGAAGCUCACACUAGCCCACAUUUACAAGUGGAUCUCGACACAUUUUACAUUUUACAAGUCAGCAGAUUCGGGUUGGCAGAAUAGCAUCAGACACAAUCUCAGCUUGAGCCAAAAGUUCGUCAAAGUCGAACGUCCGAAGGAUGACCCAGGCAAGGGAAACUACUGGACAAUUGCGGAGGGGUAUGAAUAUGAAUUUAUCAAAAUGAAGACUCGAAGGGGAUCGGCGAUUGUCAACAGCACUGUUGCAAGGAAGAAGUCAUCGCAGGAUCUAACAGCGACAAUCAAGAAAGAGGACCUUCGGGCUGUCAAGACGGAGCCAUUGCCAAAACCCAUUGAUCAGUUAGCAGUCCCUGCGACCGACGAUUUCCCCACCAUUUCUUCAGAUGCUACUAUCGACGAGGCUACCCUAGAGCCCGAUUAUCAGGGACUCACAUCUCAGGCGGAUUUCAUCGGCGAUCCGUUUGCAUCACUUUUCGAGGAAGGCUUACCAAUUACCAAUCCCCUUCUUUCUGAGGCAUUGCCACCUGCACCAUCAUCCCCACCUAUCAUGCACUCUUCGCCGCCAAUCACACGGCGUCCUAGGUCUCCCGGUGCUAAUAGCAUAUUCUCAUCAUCGAAAACAACUAAGAGAAAGAGACUUUCUGGUGGCCAUGACAUGGAUGAUAGCGGCUACUUCUCAGGCUUAGACUCAUCUGUUAACAGACACAAAACUGGGAUGGGACCACCGAAGAAGAUCCGGAGAGGUCGUGCUGAGGAGGAACUUGCCCGCAUUCGUAGCUCUUCAGCUGCGAUGGAAAGCCCUAUUCCACGUAUGGGUGGUAGAUCACCUAUGCUACCUGGGUCGUCCUCGCCUCUGCGAGCAUAUGACCGCAACCAUAAGCCAGCAUUAGCACCAAAGACUCCUAUCUCUGCUGUCAAGGCGAUCUCUAAACCGCCAGCCUCGGCUAGCCCAGGUGCCAACCUAAGAAUGCACCGUAAUCUUGUUAGAAAUCUCGUGGGCUCGCCGAUAAAAGGCAUGGAGCUCCUUAGCGAUGAGCCAUCCUGGAUGCAAAGCUGGGAUUUCGGUGGGAACGAUACUGCCUGGGAUUCAAAUAUGUUUCAGUCGUGGGAACAAUGGGUGGAACCUGCCGAACCUGGCUUGGUUGAGGAUCUUGAUAACUACUUUGAUACCUCCUUCUUCCAGUCACCAGUCCGAGACCCGAGCCCUAAGCGCUUGGAUAAGAAGGUGCCCACGACCAAUAUUUUCGAAGACCUGGAGCCAGCUAGCGAUGAUAUGCCUGCAGUCGCGUCCAAGGCUAUCGACAUUGUCGCAGCUAUGAGACAGGGUGCCGAGAAGAUUAGAUCCGUCACCGAACGGCCUGGAAUGUCCCGUGUCACCUCACUCAAGUUUUAA